AUGGCGCCUCCUCCUCUGGCGACCAAGACGAGUGCCACGACCUCUGCGACGAUCGUCGAACACUCGGCCACGCCACUGGCUCGGACUUCGCUGCCAUCCACGUCGGCGCACGCCAACGCGGCGAGCGGUGCGACGUCGUCUCCGUCUCCGUACCCCGACCACGCGCCCGCUUACGAUCGCACAUCACCGACCUCACCGACUGCACCGCACGAGCCGUCCUCCACCAGCCCACCUCUACCGCGGCUGCACUAUGCCGCGCAGAUGGGGGACUUGACUGCGCUGCAUGCGCUCUUACCCGAACCCAACCACGCGCCAUCGACCGCGCCCACUUCGGACCGUGCACCGACCGUCACCGUCACCGUCACCGUCACCGCGAACGAUCUCGACGCGGUUGGCGUCACCGCUCUGCACUGGGCGGCGAUCAACAACCACGUACAGGCGUGCAAGUUCCUGCUCGAGAGGGGAGCCAACGUCGACGCGGUCGGUGGGGACUUGUCGGCUACGCCGCUGCAAUGGGCCGCGAGGUGAGCCCACCUGCACCCCCACUUCUGCGCAAACAGGCAGAGGACAGCGAUAGGAGUCAGGCCCGAGACUGACGACGCAGUCAAUCUCACACAGGAACGGCCAUGUCUAUGUCGUGCAUCUGCUGCUCAAGUACAACGCCGACCCGACCUUGCUCGACUCGCAAUCCUUCAACGCGCUCCACCUCUCCGUGCACUCGUCCUCGGCGCUUCUGGUCGCGUACAUGCUCUUCACCUCGCAACCCAUCGCCGUAGACUCGGCCGACACCGAGGGACACACCUCGCUGCACUGGGCAUGCUACCAGGGCGACGCCAUUUCCGUCGACCUCUUGCUCCGAGCUGGUGCAGAUCCGCGUCGGCCCGACGGCGCCGGACUGACUCCGCUGCAUUGGGCCGCCGUCAAGGGCAACGCGGCCUGCAUCAAGCGACUCGUCGAAGCGGGAGUUGAUUUGAGCGUCAAGGAGCAUGCUGGCAAGACGGCGCGCGACAUGGCUGCCGAACUGAAAUCACUUGCCGCGUUCAAGCGAGGGCUGCUCGACGCCGGCUACCACGAAGAUGGGCGCAAGCAGGUCGGCACUCUCUCACCUCGUAAUACGAUCGUCGCCAUAUUUAUCGUGCCCUCGCUCGCAUUCGUCGUCAUCUUGCAAUCGCUCGUCAUCCUACCCUGGUGGUCAGGUCUCUUGCUCGCGUUCGGCGAGAUCUAUGGGAUGCACCACAUCGUUGCCAAGGUUCUGCUCGGAGUCUCGGGACCGCACAACUCGGACCGCAUCACCAAGAGCCCUUACUUGGCGUCCAUCAUCACCGCCAGUCUUCUCGCCGCGACGUACAUCUACUUGACGCGCAUGGUGUCCCUCCCCGGUCAUGCGGUCAGCCAGCUGCUGUGCGGCAUCGGCAUCCUAGUGUGCUCGUACAACUUUUUCCGGGCCAUCACGCUCGAUCCGGGCCACGUACCGUUUCCCGUCAACGAUUCCGAGCUCAAAGAGGUGAGUAGUGGCAAGAUGUGAGAUCCUUCAGGAGGGCACAACAGACUGACAUCUUCCCAUUGCGCAGACGAUCGAGGACUUGGUCGAACAUGGUAGCUUCAACGGCAUGAACUUUUGCCUUCCCUGCCUGGUAAGCACUUGCCACUCCUCCACUCCCAGUUUUGGGUAUCAGCUUGACUUACACGUAUAUUGUACUUAAGACUCGACGGCCUUUGCGAUCAAAGCACUCCUACAUGACCAAGCGGUGUACCGCUCGGUUCGACCAUUACUGCCCAUGGGUAUGGAACGAUGGUGGGUAGCAGCCCCAAGUCCGGCGCAGUCUUUCCUAUCCAGAUCGACUGAUCCUUGUCACACCUUCUCACAGUCGGCAGCAACAACCAUCGCCAGUUCCUCAUGUUCGUCAUCGCGCUCAUCUUUGCCAUCUCCGUCUUCCUCAAACUCUCCUAUCACUACUUUUCGACCCUCGCACCGCCUCUGCUCCCCGACGCGGUAUGCAACUUCCCCAACUGGCUCUGCGUCUCGUCGCGCUUCGACACGUUGGCGUUGGUCGUCGUGUCCUGGUCCGGAUUGCAAUUGACGUGGACUUCGAUCCUACUCGUCGCGCAACUAUGGCAAGUCGCUCGUCAAAUGACCUCUUUGGAAGUUUCAAACGUCGGAAGGCACGGUUACAUGGGAGGUAAACCUGGAGUUUCGAUCGCGGCGCAACAAGGUCUCGUCGCGACUAGAACCGCCGCCGCUUCAACGACCUCUUCAACGACCGCUGCGGUCGACGGAGAAGUAGGAGACGAAGAAGCCGUCACUCACAAAUCGACCCAAGUGCGCAAGGCAGGUUUCCUACUCAAGAUCUUAGGUAUCGAUCGUUUCACGACCGGUCAAGCUGCAACCGGUCUCGCUAAAUCUGGCCACGUCGCGAAUCCGUUCGAUUUGGGUUUGGUCGGUAAUUGUCGGGAUUUUUGGACGAGGGGUAAGGAAUUGGACGUUGAUUAUACGCGCUUGCAUGAGAUUCCUGAGGGCGGGUUCCAGAAGGCGGUUUGGGAACGGAGAAGGAGGGAGAGGGAGGAGAAGGCCGGGCUUAGAGGUGCGGGAACAACGGCGAUGUCAACGGCGAGGGCGGCGAACAAGUCGGGUAGGACGGGCUAUGAGAGGUUGGCCAUGGAUGAGGUUUAA